UGAUCAGGAAAACCAGGAAUAGGUCGUCCUUUCCAUUUCAUUCUGGCGGUCAGAAAUAUAACUUCUAAAAUAAAUUUUUUAGCCAUUAAAACUUCUUACUCCUUACACAUACAACUAUCUGUUCGACACCAUAAUCGCUAUAUUAAUCCACAGCUAACAUGCCAGCCGAUAUUGCUGCAAUUAAGAAGGCUAACCUGCCCAUCAUUUUCUUGAUGGGAGGUCCUGGAGCCGGCAAGCACACUCAGGCGGCGAAGAUCAAGGCCAAGUAUGGCUACACCCACCUUUCCAUGGGCCAGCUGCUGCGCGAUGAAGUCAAGAACAACACAGAACGCGGCAAGAAGGUUAAGGAAAUCUUGGACAAAGGAGAACUCGUGCCAUCGGACGUGACCUUUGAGCUCCUGAAAGAGCAGAUGGCAAAAGCCGUCGGAAUCAACAAGCCAUACUUGCUGCACGGGUUCCCUCGCAACAAGGAACAACUGGCUCAACUGGAAAAAGAGCUUGGACCAGCCAAGGCCGUCAUCGUAUUGGAUGUUCCCGAAGCCAAGAUGACCGAGCGCCUGACUGCUCGCGCCAAGACCGGAGCUCGCGCUGAUGACAAACCGGAAGUUGUUAAGAAACGCAUCGAGGUCUACAACAAAGACACUAAACCGUUGGUCGAUGAACUGAUCAACAACAAAAAGGCCGUUAAGAUCGCCGCUGACGGUGACGUCGAGAAGAUCUUCACUGAAAUCUGCAAGGUUCUGGACACCGUCAAGUAAACCCGAGAUCCCGACCACGAGACGAGUCAAACAGAUCACCAAUGAAGUAUUCAUAACUUGGACCAUCCAUCGCAUUUUCUUCUAAAUUCGUAUACAUAUACUAGCAAAAUAUUGCAUUAAUAAUCUUCGAGCAAAAUGCAACAACCCGGUGAUCAUCUUUCAAUAUAAUUAUGCGAGUUGUUUAAAUGUGACUAACUGCCAAAAACUGAAAAUAAAGGACUAAACUAGUACACGCACAAGCAAUAAAAUGUGUGAAAUGUUAGAA